ACUUUGUAAUAAUAACCACAACUUCCCAAUCUUCUUCAUCAGAUUUUGCUAGUUCGUCACACACACGGAUCAUGUAAUCUGCUUCUUCUUCGUUUUUACGAUUUGAUCCCAAAGUUUUUCAAUUCUAUAAAUUUGUGAAAGCGAAUCGUUUGAUUUGACUUAUAGGUUGACUCUUUUCUUUGGAAAUGGCAGCGUCAUCAUCUUCUCUUCUUCUUCUCCACAAGCCCACCUACAAUUUCCAUUUCGCCGCUUCCUCUGUUCCCACUUACAUCAAUUCCGCUCGAUUUCGAAUUUCGAGCUCAAUCUUCCCUUUGGAUCGAAGAAGAAGAAGAAGAAUCUGGUCUGUCUCUGGCUUUAAAUCUAUGGCCGAUUUGGUUAAAACCAAUGCUCGCAGAGACGGUGAAGAUCGAUUCCAAGCGCUCGAGCAAGAGGCUUUCAUCAGUAAUUCGUCGUCGGAGCUCCAGAACGAGUUGGUAUCCGACGCCGGCGAUGGUAUUGAAGCAAUCGCUAAUCGUCUGAGCAAAUGGAUUGUAGCAGCUCUGUUUGGAUCCGUUCUGCUUCUACGACAUGAUGGUGCAGCUUUGUGGGCUGUGAUUGGAUCGGUUUCAAAUUCCGUGCUCUCAGUAGCUUUGAAACGUAUACUUAACCAAGAGAGACCUGUUGCUACUCUCCGUUCUGAUCCUGGGAUGCCUUCUUCUCAUGCCCAAUCCAUUUCUUUCAUCUCUGUGUUUUCUGUCUUCUCCGUUAUGGAGUGGCUUGGAACCAAUGUACUCUCUCUGUUCCUUAGCGGCUUCAUCCUCGCAUUGGGUUCUUAUUUCACGUGGUUAAGGGUUUCUCAGAAGCUUCACACGACAAGUCAAGUGGUCGUAGGUGCAAUCGUGGGUUCUGUUUACUCCACCUUAUGGUAUGUAACUUGGAACUCUCUUGUUCUUGAAGCCUUUACCUCAACAUUCUCAGUACAAAUAGCUCUCUUUCUGGUUGCUGCUGCGUCUGCUUUAGGUUUUGCAGUUUAUGUGCUACUUAACUGGUUUAAAGAUGACAGAUGACAGAAUGAUAAUUAUCAGUACUUAGGAUGUAUAAGGAAUGCAUUUGAUUCUCCUUAUAAUUCAUAUUGAUUGAGCUAUUUUAACAUUCAAUGAU